AUGGAGAACGCGCGCCUCUCUCUUCUGCGGAGAGUCUUUCUCGUUCUCUGUCUUCUUCUCGUCUUCGACCUGGAGCGCGGCGCCUGGCCCGGCGAGCGCGAGACGCGCCUCUUCGCCGAGGCUGGGAUCCCCGGCCUCCACAACUGGCUCGGGCAGGCGUUCCCCUCCGCUGUGCGCCAGGUGAACAAAAAGAAAGAAGUUCUCCUCGUGGACCACCUUCUCUUCGAUCUGAAUCAACUCCUUCACCAGCGCGCAGCCUGUGGGGCGCAAGGCGGAGACAGUCGGAAAGCCCUUGAGGCGACCUUCAGCGACGAGGCUGACGCGGUGUUGAGGCGUCUCGUCUCUCUGAUUUCUGCAACGCUGCGCAGCAUCCAUCCGCGAAAGUCGGUGGUGUUUGCUCUCGACGGCGUACCCCCGCUGGCGAAGCUGCUGACGACAGCGAAGCGUCGGCGCAAGCGCGAAGACGAAGUCGCAGGGGGUGCACACAGCGAAGCUGCAGAAGACGAGGACUCCGAAGGAGACGACGCCGGUUUCAGGGAGAACGAUGGCCGAGGGGAGACACAGGGAAGCGUCGCCGGAGUCGAGAGCGACAGUGCGGGGGACGAAGACGCUGGAGACGCUGGAGGCGCUGGAGACGCGGACGCGAACGGGCUAGGAAACGCGAGCAAACGCCGCCAAGAAGGAAGAGACACGUCCCGAGCAAGAGGCGACGGCGAUGAAGAGGGAGAAGAUGAGGGAGUUGAAGAGGGAGAAGAAGAGGGAGUUGCAGAGGGAGAAGACAGGAUUCGGUUUCCACCUAACCACUCUGUCGGCGCUACGCUGGACGGCCUGCGACUUCCAGAGAAAACGAAAAAAGAACGCUAUCGGAUACCUUCCCAUCUCCUGACGCCGGGGACGGCCUUCAUGCGGCGCGUCGAGGAGACCUGUCGCCGCUUUGCUUGGCAGCGUCUCGCUUCUCGUCGCUACCAGCACCUCAAUUUCUUCAUUUCCGGUUCCACGUCUUUCGGCGAAGGCGAACUGAAGCUAAUCGACUGGCUUCUCGCGGCGAAGAACGCGCAGCCCUUUGCUUCGCUCCCUGUCUCCUCUUCGGAUCCACCCUCUGCGCCUUCUCCAUCUCACGCGAAGCGCGCAAGGCUCGCCGGCGCGUUCCAGGAGACAGACGUCCUCGCUUCUCCAGCUGCGUCGGCUGAGGAAGAAUGCGACAAACCGGCGGGACGCGAAGGCCGACAAGACGCACUCAGCCGGCGGCAAGAUGGAGGCGCAACGGAGAAGGAAAGAAGCGAGCAGGACAGAAGAGAGGAAGAACGGAGAGAGCGGGAACGAAGAGAGGAAGAAAGUGUUGUGAUUGUCGGCGCCGACGCAGAUCUCGUUGUUCAGGCUCUCGCCUUCCCGGGCGUCCCGAACCUCUUUGUCUACAACCCUCAGAAGCGCCUGUCUGAUGAAAAGAAUAUGAGAAGCCGUUCACACUUGAUCAGGAACGACAUCGCCUUGCUAUGCAUUCUGAAUGGAAACGACUACCUGCCCAAGGCGGGAGGCUUCACCUUCCCUCGCUUCUUUGAAGCGUACGCUGCAGUGCGUCGCCGGCCGGAGUUUGCCGACGCGUCUUUGGUAGAUGCAGCAAGUCGCUCCUUCAACUUUUCGUUUUUCCUCGCGUUUCUUGACGAAUUGGAGACUCUCUCCAGUUUGCGCCUGGUCGCGCUCCAGCAACUCCAGCCCCACGGCCUCUCCGGUUCGCUGCAGCCGCCCGUGAAACUCUCCGCCCUCGCGUUGCUGAACCAGAUGGCUGCUCAGAAGCAAUUUCUCCUUCCCGCGCAUGCGUCCUCGCGAAGUUCCCCAUCUGCCCAGUCGAAGCCGCUCUCGCCCGCGCCCUGUCAAGACGCGAAAGGAGAAACAAACUGUCGCCCGCACCCGACGCGAGAAGGAACAGCGGGCGAGGCAGGCGCGACAGAGAAUCGAACAGGAGACGUUUCGUCUGGGAAGUCGCAGGAUGACGAGAAUCUCGGCAUCAGAUGGGAGAUUCGGAGCGCCGGUGUCGGCACGAGCAGCUUCACAGCCGUUCUCCACGUACACCCGGCGCUUCUUCGCCCGCCGUCUUCCGUCUCGUCUCCCCUCGCCCCGUCGCCGUCUCCCCUCGAGUUGGGAAGAGCCCGAGACACGGUCGCGCGGGCGGCUGCCGGCGCGUCCACGACGCCAAGUCGCCUGAGGCGCCGAGUCACCUCAGCUGAGAAGGAAGAACGCGAAAAAGAGGAAAACGAGCGAGAAGGAGAAAAGGAGCGAGAAGAAGAAAACGAGACGUCCGAAGCGGCGAGAAGCGAACCAGCGUCGCCGCACCGGCGCACGCCGAGAGGGCGAGAGGCGGAGGAUGCCGGAGGCGAGGCGAGGGCUGUCUCGACGCGUUCAGCAGAGGACGAAAAAGACGAAACGUGGGUGGCGUUCGUCGGUCGUGCGCGAGACAAGCAAGGCGCGAAACAAGAUGCAGCCUUUCGAUUUCUCCUCGCUUGCUUUCCCGACCUCGACUGCGUUGCAGCUCCAGCACAGCCUCCCGGCGACAGGGAAGACGCAGGGGGCGAGGAAGACGAGGAAGACAGAGAGGACGAAGACGAGGACAUGACGAAGCAGUUGAAGGCGGCGCUCCUCCCGAACUUCCACGCAUGCGUCCCCGCCCUCCUCCAGGCUGCAUGCACUCUCCAACGGACAACCCCGGCCAACACGCUCAACAAUCUGUGCCUCAGAGUUUUCAAGGCGCCGCCCACCUUUGUCUCGUUCACGAAGCGAGAACUCCAGGAAGGCCUUUUCGGGGAGGGCUCUUCCUCCCCGGCCUUCGCUUCCGAUACAAAUUCGCCUCCGUUGGUUUCCCUCUCCGCCCUCCGAGAGGUUCUCAUUCAACAAAACCUUUUGUCAGGAAAAGCUGUCGAAUACCCUUCCUCUCCUCUCUCUUCCUCUCCUUCUCUUUCUUCUUCCUCUCCUUCUCUUUCUUCUUCCUCUCCUUCUCUUUCUUCUUCCUCUCCUUCUCUUUCUUCUUCCUCCCCUUCUCUUUCUUCUUCCUCUCCUUCUCUUUCUUCUCUGACAUCUCCUCUCCCUGUCGCUCACGGGGAGGGAUCGAAGCCCGCGGUUCCUGCGCCGCGCGUUGAGUCCUCGGCGGAGCUGCGAGAGGACGAGCAAGGCGCGGCUGGUGCUGUGCUGCAUGCGGUCGUCGUCGAUGGCCUGCCUCUGUUUGCGACUUGGCACGUCACGGCCGAGGACCAGGAAUCGAACGCGCCCGUGAAGGCUGCGUCGAAGAAGCAGCGAAGACACAGUCUCGCAAUGCAGGCCCUCCAGGCUCUCGCGCCGCCUCUGUACCACUCGCUGAGCCGCGCCGGCUGGAGCGUGACGGGGACUCUGGCGGAUCCCAGCCCCGCGGCGGAAGGCCCGAAUGCCGAGGAGAGGCUCUGCGAAGCCUGCGGCGAAACCCAAGCGGACCCGGAGAGCGGAAGCGACGCACGAGGCGACGCACGAGGCGCAGAGGACCGGCGGAUUCACGGAAGUGCUCGGGCCAGCGCAGUGCAGCAGAGCGGCGCGAGGAGCUCCGAAGGCGACAGACGCGGCGUCGCUGCGCAGGUGGGGACACGUGCGGAGACAGCGCCGGGAGAGACGAAAAGAGACGGCGAGCAGGCAGCGUCGCAAAGCGAACGCGACACGGAGCUCGGCGCGAGCGCAGGGGGGACGGGGUGCGAAGGCGAAGUUGGCGAAUGCGAAGCGAAGGAAGCUGUCGGCGGCAAAGAAGACGAGAACGCCAGGGAAACGUCUGGGAAGCAGGAACUCAAAGACGUCGACACUCUCCUCGCGGAGCACGUCGAGAGCGAGGCACCGAAAGUCGCAGCUUAUCUCCAAGGUCUGUUGUGGAAUCUCCGAAUGUACACAGAGGGUCAGUGCCCGAAUUCCAGGUGGUUCUACCCUUUCGGCAAGGCGCCGUCUCUCUACGCGCUCCGCGCACAUCUGCGGGCGCAUCUCUCUUCUCGGGCUGCUGGCGCCUCAGACUCGACGCCAGGAGACAGCCCGAAGGAGACACUGAGCGCUCGCCAUCUCAAAGACAGAUCCGACGCGCUCGGGGAUGGCCCUUUCCGCACGCCCGACCCGGUGUUAAACUCGCGAGAAGGAAUGGCAUCGUUGAAGCUUCUGGACUGUUUGGAAGUCCCCCAGAGCGCCGCGUUCCCCACCUGCUCUCCUCUCUACGCAGCGGCUGUCCUGCCUCCUGGCGCUCUGCGGAGGCUCCGGGGAAGUCUCGCGGCCGAGCAGGACGCGGGGCGCGCCGACGCGGAGGACGACGGCGAGGACGCGCGGGCCGACGCGCCGCCCAGGGACCGCACUACGACCAGGGAAGGCGACGAUGUCGUCACCGCCGGUUUGGGGCGGAGUUUCGGCAAACUCGUCUGCCAAGCGCGCGCGCUCCUCAGGCACGUGAUGGCGACGGAGGCGAGCAGCGGGGCAGAAUCCGCAGCGAACGGCGUCGCUCUCGGCGAGAAUCCGCCAAUCGCGACGAGAGGGAAACGCACCGACGAAAGCGAAGGCAGAGCUGGAGAGAGACCGGAGCUCGACGAGAGGGGAUUCCAAGGGAAGGCGCCGCCUGCUCUCGAAGGGUUUUCUGGCCUCGAAGAAGAGCGAGGGGAUUCCGCCUGCGAUGACGACCUUCGUCCUCAUCCUCGUCAUGUCUUGGCGGCGACGGUUCACCUCGAGGCGCUGGCCCUCCAGCGAGCGCAAGGCCGAGCUCGGGGCAGAGAAAGCUCAGAAACAGGAGCGAGCGCCGAGGCGACGAGCCUCCGCCUCGACGCGAACAAACUCUCUGCUGCGGCGACGCAGGAGGGCGCACGAGCGGACGGCUGCAUCCCGCGUCUCGAGGGCGAGGAACGUCACGGCGACAACAAACAGCUGCGCGCAAGAGCGGCAUGCGGCACGGGAGAAGGGAGGCGAAUCGAUCGCGAGGAUGAGCACCGCAGAGAAAAGAUCACAGACGCUGGGGACCGCGACCUGUCCGUUUCACCGUCGAUCGCUGAGCGUCUGCUCCAGGAAACGACAAGUUCCUGGUCGGUCCUUUGUCGCAAUCGCGCUUCAAACGGCGCAGGGGCCUUUCCCAGCGGCUCUCCUGAGAAGCGCAGACCGAACUCUGUCGCCGCGAAAAAGCAGCUGCGGUCGCGUCCCGACGCUUCCUCCUCGCAGUCUUCUUCAUCCUCGUUCUCCCCUCCACUCUCGCCUUCCUCCGGCUCGCUUCGAUCUUCCUCUCAUUCCUCUUCUUCCACUUCUUCUUCCUCUUUUUCUUUCUCGACUUCAGGUGCCUCGUUUUUAGCGAGCUCGGCGCCUCCGGAAAUGUUCUUGGAGGAGUCGCUUCCGCUGUUUGCAGAUCCGACGACCCGCGAAGCGCCCUGCUGGGCGAAACCGUCGUCUUCCUCUCUCACGUGGUUUCCGAGCUCUGUUGAGGAAGGCCGUGCCUCCGACGCGCCAGUCUCGCCCUCCGUCUCCGCGUCGAAAGCCGUCUCCUCCAGUGCUCUCUCCUGCGCGACUCCUCGCCUCGCGAUCCCCCAAGUCCCCUGGAAUGGAGACCCGCGUUCUCGGUCCGCGUUCUUCGUCGCGCUCUCUCUCGCGUCUCCGCCUGUCUCCUCCGUCUCUGUCUGCGCGGCGACUUCAUCCACCUUCCAGUCGUCGACCUCGCUCUUUUCCACGAGUCUUCGCUCCGGGCGAAUCCCUGCGGAAAGACGGUCCGAAGGAACCUCGCCGCCGUUCCACGGUCUGUCUCCUCCCUCGCGACGAUGUCUUCGCGCCUGCAGAUUCGGCGACGAGUUGCCGUCUCGGUCCCCAGCGAUCGGCUGUGCCCACUCCCCCGAGCGCGUUUCCGCCGGCAGGCGCCUCCUUUCCCCCGCCGCUUCUGGGGCUUCUCUCUCUGGGACGGCUGCAGCUGGACGGGUGUCCUUCUCGGGCCGUUCUCGUUCUUCUUUACCUUUGCUAGGCCGACCGGCGUCGGAGUCUCGACGCCUUUUUGAGUUUGCGGUCUUCCCCAGAAGACGGCCUGCACUGCACACUCAGAUUCCGCACGGCGAGUCAGGCUCGAACGUCUCGAGGUUUUCUGCCUCCACUUCGCUGCGACUUUCCAAUCCGGCGAUCUGCCUAGAGCGCCGACACCCCGCAUGCCCGUCGUCCUUUGCGGGCGGGCGUUCUCGCGCGUCCUCUCUCCCGUUCUCGCCUGGUCUUCCUCCCGGUCUCUUUUCGCCGCCUCCCUCCCGUCGUUCCUCGCCGUGGUCCUCUGCAUCCGCGGCAUCUUCUCUCCGGAAUUCAGCCUCGGCUGCGGCCGCUGCUGCAGGAGUCGCCUCUCCUCUAAACGUGAAGAGCGCGGCGCCGUGA